UAACAAUUUGGUUAGAAAUCUUGUGCAAUAGAAGACAUGUCCAUAAAAAUUCAUGAAGAUUAUUGUCGACCCAAGCUGAUACGUGGGCUGGAAUAUUUUUUUACAUGAAUCAAAUUGAUCCUUGUAAGUUGACAUUUACCCUUGUACAACACAUAUAUGCUCAUAUCAGCCACAAAGCCCCAAACAGUAUAUGUUAAUAGAUUAUGGGUAGCCAAGCGGUUGGUGAAGGAUUGAGUUCCUUCAAAAGGUGGUCUCAAGUUCAAACCUCAUAGGGAUCCAAAAGCUCUAUGGAGCCAUGUCCGGUCAACUGCCUUCAUAGAAAGAGAUUCACAUUUUUUUUUAGUAGGUGCUUUGCAUGAAUUCGGUGGACUGGUGACCCACCAAAGGUGGUGUGGAUACUGCAAAAAUACCUUUGUUAGAUUUUGAGUAACCAGUGUCUUCAACUGCAGUUGAUGUGUUCAUUCUGUUAAACUCCAAAGUCGACUUUAUACUUUCUGAAACCUGCACAUUAGUGACAGGGUAAUAAUGAAAGAUCUUGCGUAUCUAGCUUGGUAUUCGACUAAUGAAUGGUGUGUACUCUAGUAAGAAAAGAUACAGAUUUAUCAACACAUCACCUUUCAAGAUGGUAUAGUUCCUCGUUCAUGAUGUGGAAAAUUGAGAAGUUGCAUGAGCAACAUGAAAGAUGAAGUGAGUUGCAUUAGAUAUACAAUGAACUAAAAUUGUACAACCAAAUCCAUUUACGCAGCUUCUCAAUAUACGUGGAUCAAUUUGGUUUUACAUGGAUCCUCCUUUUCUUUUUCCAGCACGUAUGUAAAUUCCUAAUUGGGCCAUGACAAUCAGUAUGAAUGUUUUCUGCAGUAUCCACAGUUAUCAAAACAUUGUUUUGAUGACAACAGCAACUAAUAGUUGCAGGAGACUUUGUAAAGCUGAACAGGUGUCAAGGAAGAAAAGGAAGGUUGACUUUUCUGCCCUUCUUCCAGAUGACCUCCUUUUAGACAUCCUUGAAAAGCUUCCAACUGAUAUACUUCGCUAUAAGACUAGAUAUGUCUGCAAACGGUGGUUCGAUUUAACUACGAACAGAAUACUGUUGGACCAUGCUUCUUUAAUCCUUGAGAAUACAACUGGAAGUCAAACAGUGCGCCUUGUGGAUAUUAGAGAAGAGAAAGAUGGGCUAAAAAUGAAAGACCAAUGCCUUGACAUACCAUAUAAUGGUCGUAUAAAGUCUUGGUGUAACGAGUUCUUACUGAUAACAGACCUCAACAGAGAUGGAUCAUUGUUUCUUUUUAAUCGAAUCACCAAGGAGGGGUCAUUUCUUCCCCCAUGUUCAUUAUCAUGCAGAGGACAUUAUGGUUGCAAAUGCGGAGUGGGCCUUUCCUAUGACGAUUUCAAAGAAGUCUAUAAAGUAGUUCAUGUUUUCAAUGGCCCACCUAUCCAAUGCGAGCUCCUUAUCUUGAAAAGUGAUAACAUAUCUUGUGCUUCCAUAAAAUGGAAAAAGGUUAAUGGUCCUUCUUAUACGGGUAAUAGGCAGUAUUAUUGGGAUGACCCGAUUUCAGUUCAAGGCAGGUACUUCCAUUGGGAUGUGCAUUGUUGCAAGUACUUGAUAUCUAUGGACACAGCCAAAGAAAGAUUUCGACAAACAUGCCUACCUGGAUCUGAUGGUAUCCCUAUGAACAACUGCUAUUUUUUGGUUGAAAUAGGUGGUUUUCUGUCUCUCCUUCAUAAAGUUUCUUCAGACAAAAUCAACGUAUGGAUGCUUAAAGAUUAUCAAAGGACAAAAUGGGAAAAGUUGCAGUCAAUAAGUAUCUCAAGCUAUACAAGUAUCUACCCUGGCAGUGCUCUUCUUCCUGUCACUAGUGUGAAAAGCAAGAGAUAUAUCAUUUUUAGGAAACCAGGAUCUUAUACUGGUCUGUAUAGUUAUGAUCUGAAAGAUAAACUCAUAAAAAGGCUAAAUAUCAACAUUGCACCUUAUGAGCGUUGUGUAGUUCAAUCAACGGCAGGAAGUUACCUUGUGAACACUGUAUAGUCAAUCGGCAGCAGGAAAAUUUAUAAGGCAGGUAAACAUGCAGCUUGUACCAAAAACCUAUAUAGGUAUAUAUCUUAAGAGCAUAAAAACGGGAAAGAUUAUAGGAUGGUGAACAAAUAACUUAUCAUAUACUUGGAUGAAGAACAAUCAUUCAUGUAAUAUUGUUUGUAUUUUUGUGUAUUUCAAAAACCUUUGUCACUUUCAGAUUUGGUUGCUGUUUGGGUUUGAUUUGCAAACCA